CGCGUUUGAAAUGGGAGCCACUCGCGGCAGCCAAGUCUGGAAGCAGCGGAAAGGACUGGUAUAGAGAAGGAAAUAGGACCGUGCCGCAAAGAAUAAUAAAUAGCACGUAGAUGACGUAAACCCAGAUGCUAGUGGUGUGUCUGUGACGUCACGCCUUUCGGCCAAUGCGGUGGCUCCGCGCGGCGCGCCUCCACGGUGAGGCAGCCGCGUGGGGCGCACAAGGUGAACCGUGCCGGGCGUCGCUGCAGCGGGAUCUGUCGAAGACCACGAACUCCUUGUAGUGUAGAGCGAGGACAAUACAGCAUGCCAUAUAUCCGAAGAGCUGGCUUGACAAAGAACCUGGUCUUCGCGAUCGCAGCAGCAGCGCUAGGUUCGGCCUUCCAACAUGGCUAUAACACUGGAGUCGUCAACGCACCUCAGAAGCUGGUGGAAGACUUCAUCGCCGACACCUACGGCCACCGUUUCGAAGAAAGCCCCGGGGAAGGCACGGUCAAAAUCAUCUUCAGCAUAUUCGUGGCCAUCUUCUGCGUGGGUGGAAUGCUGGGCGGUCUCCUGACUGCCUUCGUCGCUGAGCGUUUUGGCCGCAAAGGGGGCCUUCUCCUCAACAACGUCUUCGUCGUAUUCGCCGCCAUCUUCAUGGGCUUCUCCAAGGUGGCGCGAUCGUACGAGAUGCUCAUCAUCGGCCGAUUCUUCGUCGGGAUUAAUUCUGGCCUGAACGCCGGUCUGGCGCCAAUGUACCUCACAGAAAUAUCGCCGUUACACAUAAGAGGAUCCGUCGGCACCAUCUAUCAACUGGUGGUCACCAUAUCCAUAUUGGUGUCGAACAUCCUUGGUCUUUCGUCCAUCCUCGGAACCGAGGACAGGUGGCCGUACCUCUUCGCCAUGACAUUGGCUCCGAGCAUCUUCAUGCUGGCCACCAUGCCCUUGUGUCCGGAGUCUCCCAAGUACAUCCUCAUCAACCAGGGUCGUGAUGUGGCAGCUCAACAAUCCCUUACGUGGCUCCGCGGUACUAUUGAAGUCCAUGACGAAAUGGACGAGAUGAGAGCGGAGUACGAAGCGAUCAAACUUGUUCCACGGGUUACCUUGUACGAAAUGAUGCACAACAUGACUCUACGGAUACCGCUCGCUAUUUCCGUCAUGGUCAUGCUCUCUCAACAACUAUCUGGCAUCAACGCUGCAAUCUUCUUCUCAACGGACAUUUUCCUCUCUGCGGGUCUUACUCCUGACGUAGCAACACAAGCUACGCUAGGCAUGGGUGCUGUCAACGUCCUAAUGACCAUCAUAUCGCUGAUCCUUGUCGAAAAGGCCGGACGGCGGACGCUACACCUUGUGGGUCUCGGUGGCAUGGCUGUCAUCACUGUCAUCCUUACGCUAUGUUUGGCUCUUAGGGAUGAUGCCCCGUGGCUGUCUUACGUAAGCAUCGUGGCUGUGAUCGGAUUUGUCGUCAUGUUUGCUACUGGUCCAGGUUCUAUCCCAUGGUUCUUGGUUGGAGAACUGUUCGGCCAAGGCGCCCGACCUCUUGCUACGAGUAUUGCAGUGGGGGUAAACUGGAGCGCAAAUUUUGUUGUAGGAUUGGCAUUCCUACCACUUACGAGCGUCAUGGGCCACUACACCUUCCUCGUCUUCACGAUUCUCCUGUGUGUCUUCUGGUUCCUUACGUACCGCUACGUCCCGGAGACAAAGAAUAAGAGCAUCGAGGAAAUAUCGGCCCUCUUCAGGCAACGAGCUUACCACUAAGUGUAAUAGUGGUCAUUAUCCUCGCCAAUAACUACCCUGCAAUACGCGCGGAAGGGAGAUCUUCGAAGGUCACACCCACACACAUGGUUGCUCCGGUGCCGUUCAACUCAUCUAACAACGGACACGUCAUUGCAAAGGUCCCGUGGUGUGUCACCUGGACUUUGUAGAACCCGACCUUGUUUAGUUUGUAUAGCCCAUCCCAGCCUUCUUUUGUAGGGAGUUCUUAGUUCCUAUUGGUUCGUUCAGUGUUAAUCGUCAAUACGACCGCGAGGGGUCGUGGCAGAGUCUGUGAUGAGCUUGGCAUAACUACGAACAAAAACCCAUUGUACAGCACGUUAGGUACACGCGAAGGUGUAAUAGACGGUGGCCGUGAGACCAUAUAUUUGUACAGUUACUCUGAGAACAGCACACCUAUAGGAAAAUAUGGGCAGCCCGUGUACUAGAUUAGUUCGAUAGCCAUUCCAGAAGGUCAGGGGUGGGUGGGCUUUCAGUGCUGCUGGCAAUAUCUGUUGUUGUGAGUGUUGCGACAUGAAGGCGUUUCAAAGGAACAAUAGGUUUCCUAAAAGAGGCCUUGUUGUAGUGAUGUUUGGUGCACAUAUCACGUGCGACGUGUCUGAUGAAUUGAAUUGUAUUUCUUGUACAUAUGACUGCGUGAUACAGAAGUUGGUUCUAUUCCCGUGCUGUGAUGUCGUGCAACUACUGGCAGGGCUUUUCCUGAAACCGAGUACUGGUCAGCCGGCCUGGGAGAAUUUUUUUUUCUCCCCUCGAAUGGUGAAAAAUCCAGCAAGCCCUUCAUGUUCCCACCCACCAGACGUUUUAUGCGAGAAAGAAAGAUGUUAGAAAUGUCGAUGUUUGUAUAGAAACAUAAAGGAUUCUAGCGUUCUCAUAAUCAUUUUACUGUUUUUGCGUGCACUAGCGAUUAAUUUUAUUUAUCAGCAAUCAAAUUUAUACUUUUGUUAAUUAUUAUUUUUCCUUCGAAAACGGUAGCACCUUCAUUGAAAAGCAGUAUAUACAUAUUUACAUUUUUACAGGAGUACACACUCACACACUAUACAUAUGUGUAAAUAUACAUAACAUGUAAUGUUAUUUUUGCUCUAGGAAAGUGCUGGAAGGUAAAGGGAUCUGAUUUCCAUAAAAUACUAGCUAUUUACACUGUUUGCAUAGUUGCAUUUCGUUGUGGUAAUAAAUCUCAUCUUACAUGAUCAA